GGGAACACCGAUAGCGCUGCAGGUGAAUGGGUACGAACACGAGCACCAGGAACACUGACCAACGCUUACGACACCCAUACCAUCUUGACUGGAAUCGGUUGAUUGAACUUCAUCACAACACAGUUGCUCUCCUGCAGUAGUGGAACAUGGCCUGCCACCUCUACAGGCGAUGCCUGGCCCUGCGCUCCAGCGCCUGGGUCUCAGCACAGGGUCCAAGGCAUAUCAGUCAAGCAGCGUCAGUCAAGAAGACCCUGGAAGAGUUUGAGUACGAUGGGCCUCAUAUGAAGACUUCAGUUCCUGGGCCACUGUCACUGGCACUGCAGAAACAACUAGGAGAGAUCCAGAACGUUCAGUCUCUGAACUUCUUCUGUGAUUACGAAGAGAGUCGAGGGAACUACCUGGUGGACGUGGACGGAAAUCGCAUGCUAGAUGUUUACACCCAGAUCGCCUCCAUACCCAUCGGAUACAAUCACCCUGCUCUUAUGAAGAUUAUGACCAAUCCUCACAAUCUGAGUUCCUUUGUUAAUCGGCCAGCUCUGGGCAUGUUACCACCCCGGAUAUUUCCAGAAAAACUGAAGGAUGGGUUAAUCUCUGUGGCCCCCAAGGGCUUCAAACGAGUGCAGACGAUGGCCUGUGGCUCUUGCUCCAAUGAAAACGCCUACAAAGCCAUUUUCAUAUGGUACAGAACUAAGCAAAGAGGCCACAGUGAACCAACUUCUGAAGAAUCAACGUCCAGUGUCAUUAACCAGGCCCCUGGUUGUCCUGAUCUCAGCAUUCUGUCCUUCAUGGGUGGAUUCCAUGGCAGAACUCUGGGCUGCCUGUCCACCACUCACACCAAGGCCAUUCAGAAGCUGGACGUGCCGGCCUUCGACUGGCCAAUUGCACCCUUCCCCAAACUACGCUACCCACUGGCUCAGUUUGAGAGAGAGAAUGCACAGGAAGAGAAGAGAUGUUUGGAAGAGGUGGAGGACGUCAUUGUUAAAUGGGAGAAGAAGGGCAAACCAGUAGCAGGCAUUGUGAUUGAGCCAAUACAAGCAGAAGGAGGCGACAACUAUGCGUCUUUUGACUUCUUCAGGAAGCUCAGAGCCAUUGCCAAGAAGCACGGCUCUGCAUUCCUGGUGGAUGAGGUGCAAACGGGGGGUGGCUCCACUGGAAUGUUCUGGGCCCACGAACACUGGGGACUGGAUGACCCAGCAGACAUCGUCUCCUUCAGCAAGAAACUGCUGACAGGCGGCUUCUUCUACAAAGACGAGUUUCAGCCAGACAAGCCCAUGAGGAUCUUUAACACUUGGAUGGGGGAUCCCACCAGGAACAUGUUCCUGUCAGAGGUGCUGAAGGUGAUACGCAAGGAGAACCUUUUGGACCAAGUGAAACGAACAGGUCAUGUCAUGCUCAAUGGCCUAUAUGACCUACAGGCUCGUUAUCCUCACCUCCUGAGCAGAGCCAGAGGACUGGGGACAUUCUGUGCCAUCGACGUCAAAGAUGAAGACACGCGCAACAAACUCAUCCUCAAGGCCAGAAACAAGGGUGUGGUGCUCGGAGGCUGUGGCAGCCAGUCGAUCAGAUUUCGACCUUCUCUGGUCUUCAAAGAGCACCACGCACAACUCUUCCUGAGCAUCUUCAGUGACGCCGUGGCUGAGAUGAAGUAAAAGCCCAGAAAGACUUCCCAACGGAACACAGAUACACAAUGAUGGGGGUCAUUUUUGUCUUGCCAUACCACAAACGAUUUCACACCAAUAAAAUAGCAGAGCUGUUUUGUUUUUGUUGUCAAAUUAUGCAUUGGGCAGAAAUCAUUAGUCAAUGCUGCUAAAUAUAGGCAUAAUAAAUAUCACAACAUGCAUCAAAACACAAAAUGCAUGCAUUCAUUUGUUGUAGGCUACAUUUUUUGCCAUUGGUCCAAAACAUUAUUUGACAACAAAAACGUUAGCCUAUACACUUUUGUACAAAAUAAUAUCACAAUUUAUUGUUAUUGUAUCAUUUUUGUUGCAGAUGUAUUUUAAUGUUAUGAAUCAAGUAUGUUAGAUUGGAAAAGCUGCAUAGGAUAUUCUGUUUCUUGUGCAAUCAUGUAAUAAAUUGUCUACAACAUGGAUGAAACAUA